UAAUGCUCUACUAGCCAUCUCCCCAGCCACCAUGGAGGUUCUGCUGCGUGUGCUGGGGGACUAUGAGGGGGGAGACAUGGACGGGGAGGACUGGGACAGUGAGGCUCCAGACCGGAAGUCCCUGCUCACCCUGGGCUGUCUGAGGGAGGUGGUCCACUCCCUCCUGGCCAGCAGUUCAGACCAACGCCAGGUGGAGAUCGGCUCGGUGCUGGAGAACUACUUCAAACUGCUCAACUCUGAUCCGGCGGCAGCGGCCGUGCAACAAGGGGUCAAAGGUCAUAAGGUGCUGGGCCGCCACUGGGAGAGCCGCUUCGUAGCGCUGCAGGUGCACAUGCUAGACACUAUCAGGGAUAUGUUCCUGUGUUCGGACCGUCCCGUCCUGCAGGCCAUCUUCCUCAACAGCAACUGCUUCGAGCACCUGACACGCCUACUACAGAACAGCAAGGUAUGGUCUCGCUCAGCCCUGGCACAAAGGGUGUUGAACAUGAGGAUUGGGGGGGGGCGUCUUAGCCUACUGUUUACUGUAUGUGUUUUUCCUCAGCGUAUCGAGUUAACUCUGUCUAUGAAGCAUCGUGUUACCUUACACUGUUAGUGAGCCUUUCAAUUCAGGCUCACUGUGCAUGUUAUGACUUUACCUCCCCACCUGGUGCUGGAGCACUUAGGUACCACUAACCCCCCCCACCCAGCCCCUCUGUGAGUCACAACCUUUACCUCUGACCCCAC